AUGGAUGACAGCUUUGGCUCACCUGUGGACUCCUUGCCCGGUACACCUGCAACCGACAUGCCGCUUCUCACAGUUUCCCCCGCGGACACAUCGAUACAGGUAGAGAGCAAAGGGCAAGAAAACAAAUCAGAGGAUAAAAAAGCCCCUAAGAAACGAAAGUCAUGGGGCCAGGAACUCCCAAUCCCCAAGACCAACUUGCCCCCAAGAAAACGGGCCAAGACCGAAGAUGAAAAGGAACAGCGUCGUAUCGAGCGUGUUCUCCGCAACCGCGCAGCGGCGCAGACCUCCCGCGAGCGCAAGAGACUUGAAAUGGAGAAGUUGGAGAACGAGAAGAUCCAGAUGGAACAGCAGAAUCAGUUCCUUCUGCAACGCCUGUCACAGAUGGAGGCCGAGAAUAACCGCUUGAGUCAACAAGUCGCUCAACUAACGGCGGAGGUCCGAGGCUCUCGAUGCAACACUCCUAAGCCGGGUUCGCCCGCCACAACAUCUCCGACUCUCACCCCCACCUUGUUCAAGCAGGAGGGCGAUGAGCUUCCCCUAGAACGCAUUCCUUUCCCGACUCCUUCCCUUACCGACUACUCGCCUACUCUCAAGCCUUCCAGUCUGGCUGAGUCCUCUGACGUGACACAACAUCCUGCAGCGGUGUUGUGCGACCUGCAGUGUCCGUCGUUGGACUCGAAGGACCAGGAAGUGCUCUCUCCCUCUUUGACCUCGGCUCAGGCGUGGAACAUGACGCUGCACAUGACGUUGCAGCUCCUCUUUCUGACGAUGACUUCCACCGCCUAUUCAACGGUGAUUCACCCGCUGAGCCAGAUUCUUCAGUCCUUGAAGACGGGUUCUCGUUUGACCUUCUCGACACAGGAGAUCUAUCAGCAUUUCCAUUUGAUUCUAUGGUUAAUUUCGACUCCGAGCCUGUCGCCCUCGACGGCAUCGACUCGGCCCACGGUCUUCCGAAUGAAGCUUCUCACCAGACUUCUGGCUUGCAACCCAGCCUUGGCGCGUCCACUUCGCGAUGCGACGGGCAGGGCAUUGCAGCUGGCUGUUAGGGAGAACGCUUCUCAGGGAACUGGGUCCGCCGGUGUUGACGCGGGUGGACGGAACUGGGAGUCCCUGUUGACCAUGGCUUGGGCGAUAGAUCGUUUUGAGAAAUCGAGAGGCCAGAGACGAAUUCUUUUCAAUGUGAAAUCAGAGCGAGUGGGCCGGCGUGAUGGUUUGGGAAAGCGUCCUCGGAGUACGCGGAGUUCAGGGAGUUUGAAUACCUAUAGCGAGACGUUGACGUCUCUCCUCAUGGGCAAGGGCUGGUGA